UUCUUUAUAGUUUGUGUGGAUGUUUUCAUUUGAAAUAUUUUAUAUCAUUUCCUUAUUUUAAAUAAAAUUUUUAUCAAUAUAAAAAACUUUUUUUUUUUGCUUUUUACACUUUUUUGUAGCUCAUAUUUUUUUACUUUAAAUUGUGAUUUCCUAUUUUGAUAUAUUACACUUUUCUAUGUUAUGAUUCUAUUAUAUGUGCAGACUGUAUGCAUGCAAAUAAUACAAUGAUAUUUGGCUUCACAUGUGCCAAAAAAAAUUGAAAAAAAAGGGGAAAAAAAGCCAGGCGUCAGAAGGACAUAUUGUAGUAUUCACAGAAUUUAUCCCAGAGAUCACAGCAAGAAACUGUCUAUUUGUUUGCAGCUCAAAAACAUGAAUUCAUCUGUCGUCGCACCAAACAUGACCGCUGUUGCUGCAGGCUUUCUGAGGGAGAACUUCCUCACGGUAUUCACCAAAAACAUCAUGGCUGUGCUGGUUUGGAUGACGCUGAGUUUAAUCAACAGCAGCAUGGUGGGGACCUUCCUGAAGCACAACUUCUUCUACGAGGACCCGCGCUACAUAAUGUUCAUUGCCAUGGUAAUCAAUGACACAGUGCAGCUCACCCUGGUGACGACCCUCUUCGUGAUCAGCUACGUGUUCUUCCAGGUCCAUGCCUCAGCCUGCUGCGUGCUGGUGAUGGUGGCUGUGCUGACCACCCGCUGCACCCCCUUCAUCCUGGCUGGCAUGGCGGUGGAGCGCUAUACAGCCAUCUGUUUCCCACUGCACAACCAGCAUAUCUGCACGGUAGGGCGCACGCUGCUGCUCAUUGGCGCCAUCUUGCUGCUGUCCUGGUCAAUGCCCAUGACGGACCUCUUCAUCACCCUGGCCAAGAAGCCCCUUGACCUGUUCCGCUCCUAUAUCUUCUGCGACCAUUCGCUGCUCUUCACUGACCCCUUCAUCUAUUUAAAGAACCUUGUCUUCGACGCAGUCUUCCUCUCCUCCAUCUUCCUCACGCUCUUCUACACCUACUUUAAGAUAGUGCUGGUGGCCCGGGCAGCCUCAGGAGACCUGCAGUCUGUGAGGAAGGCCAGGAACACAGUGCUCCUCCACGGCCUGCAGCUGAUGCUCUGCAUGCUUGCAUUCGUGGUGCCCUCCAUGCAAGCCUUCCUCAUCAAGUACUUCCCCAGAUACAGCUUGGAGAUUCGCUACGUCAACUUCCUGCUGGUCUACAUCAUACCACGGUUCCUCAGUCCCAUGAUCUAUGGUUUCAGGGACGAGAAGUUUCGUAAGUAUUGGGCUAUUAUACCUUGCAGCACCUCUGCCUACGUGUGCACUAAUGCUGCCCUGUAA